AGAUGAUUGAGAGAGAGGUGGCGCAGUAUGAAGAGAAGUAUCGUAGAAGAGAACUACCAAGCUUCAUCAACUACAAGACGUUUGAGGUCAUUGCCAAGGAGCUGAUCAAACAGCUGGAAGAAUUAGCUGUCAAGAGACUCAAGAACAUAGGAGAUGCUGUUAUGAAGGUUUUCAUACAGCUGGCUAAGAGUAGCUUCACUGGAUUUCCUAACCUCCUGGAAAAAGCCAUGACAAAGAUCAAUUACAUAAAGAAUCAAAAUGAGUCCACUGCUAAAUCCAUGCUGAGAACCCAGUUCAAGAUGGAGAUGCUUGUUGACUCUCAGGACAGGACCUACAGCAGCAGUCUGAGUGACAGAAAGAGAAAAGAAAGAGAUGAAAAAGAGAAAGGAAUACAUGGCAAUCAUGCAACACUUCAGGAGCUGAUGUUGCAAGUUAAAUCUUGUUACGAAAUAGCCAGCCAGCGUCUGGAUUACCAGGUCCCCCUGGUGAUUCGUUACCAGAUCUUGCAGGAGUUUGCUGUCCAGCUGCAGAGGGAGAUGCUACAGAUUCUACAGGAGAAAAUGUAUUCAACGCCCUUGUUAGAGGAGGAUUGUAACACUAAAAGUGAGAGGGCUGAUUUGCAGAGUCGCCUCACUUGUGCUUGUACUGCCUUGUUUAUUCUUGUCAACCUUACAGAGUUGUUAGAGGUGGCGGGAGGUUGUUUUUUACUUGGGACUAGGUAAGUUGGGGUACCCAAU